GUUAAUUAUCAAAUCUAAUACAGUAAACCAUGGAUUCUUUGGCUUCUUAGUACUGAGAGGUCAGUGGUGUGGAGGACUGAGGUUCGCCAUGGCGACAGUCUUGUUAACCAUUCUUCUCAAAUCUACUGAAUAGGUGAGUGAUUGGGUGUCAUUGCAUUUCGCUAAUCAAAGAUCAGUAAGUAACCGGACCUGCGUUGUAGCUCACUGGCCACGGAGGAGAGGCUGCUCAGAGGGAGUGGAGGACUGGUAAACGAGUUUGGAUGGAUUGUGUUUCUGUAUCUUUGUUGCACCCAGUAGAUUAGGAGACACCCAGUUAAACACUGAACAAGAUCUGCUUGCCUGCAACCCCCAGUCCGACCAGGCCAUGAAUGAUUUAGCAUGCCGGCUCUGUAGCUCGAGCAGCUGAGUGCUGAGACAGGUGUUCACAUGUUCACACCAGCUCUGGAUGUCCUGGUGAUGCUAACAUGAUGAACAGAAGACUGAUGUUCCAGAAAAUGCACUAGCAGGGAUAUUGGAAGGUCUGAACUUUUAAUAUUGUACAAAAAUGUAGCAGAAGAGGUGAAACUGGGUGAGACUGGAAGAGACGUGCCUUAAAAUACCGGGCUUGGGGAAACUGUACAUGCUACUGGAACAGAUAAAUUUGAACUUCUCUGUGGAUCAUAAGAAGCAGGAAAGUUCUGAAUUCUAACACUUAAUGUUCGAUGGAUCACCGUGCGAUCACAGGCCAUUCUGGAGUAUCUAAGGCUCUACAGAGCACUGAUGGGUGGAUUCUGAUGUUCUGAAGUCCUGAAUGGAGUUUUGCUGGUCUUCUGUGGCCCUCGCUAGCAUGUAGACUACACACAGGCUAGCCUGUGUCUAAAUGUGGCAUCUCCAGUGGAGCUUUAGGGAAGAACAGGAACGAGUAGCCACUGGUCCAUACAGCAGCUGAGAUGCAGAAAGGAAAAGGUAAGGUGCGCCAGUUGGACCUGGAGCGGGCGCUUACUGCCAGAGACAGAGUCGGUGUCCAGGACAUGGUGCUGCUGGACGCUCACAACAGCGAGACAGCCUUUCUGGACAACCUGAAGAAACGUUUCUCUGAGGACCUGAUAUACACUUAUAUUGGAACCCUACUGAUCUCAGUCAACCCGUACAAAGAGUUAGACAUCUACAGCAAGAGGCACAUGGACCUGUACAUGGUGGUCAACUUUUAUGAGCUUCCACCACACAUCUACGCCCUGGCGGAUAACGCCUACCAGACCAUGCUAGCCGAGGCUAAUAACCACUUCAUUCUGAUCUCUGGAGAGAGCGGGGCAGGAAAAACCGAGGCCACUAAGAAGAUCCUGCAGUAUUACGCCGUUAGCUGCCCCAGCAGCUCCUUACUGAACUCCGUCAGGGACCAAAUGCUCAUGUCCAAUCCUAUCCUGGAGGCUUUUGGAAAUGCCAAAACACUGAAGAAUGACAACUCCAGUCGCUUCGGAAAGUACAUGGACAUUCAGUUUGACUGCCAGGGAGAUGCAGUUGGAGGUCACAUCCUCAGCUAUCUGCUGGAGAAGUCACGUGUGGUCCAUCAGAACCAUGGCGAGAGAAAUUUCCACAUCUUCUACCAGCUGCUGGAGGGAGGAGACGAUGACCUGCUGAGACAACUGGGCCUCGAGAGAGACACACAGCACUACAACUACCUGCUACAGGGUGAGUGUGCCAAGGUGAGCUCCAUCAACGACAGGAACGACUGGAAAUCAGUGAAAAACGCCCUCUCGGUCAUGCACUUUGAUCUCAGCGACAUUGAGCAUCUGUUUGGAACCAUUGCAAGUGUUCUGCACCUGGGGAACGUCCAGUUUGAUAGAGAUACCAAGGGCAAUGCUGUCCUCAACUCCAAUGCUGAAUUGCGCUGGGUAUCGAAGCUGAUUGGGGUCCAUGUGCAGGUUCUGACUGAGGCUCUGAGCUACAGGAAGAUUGAAGCUAGAUCAGAUGAGGUUCUGUGUCCUUUCACUGUCGAUCAUGCCAUCUACGCCAGAGACGCGCUGGCUAAAGCCAUUUAUGGACGCACCUUCACCUGGCUGGUCAACCGCAUCAACGAGUCACUCGAGAAUCAGGACUCGAACAGAAAAACAGUUAUUGGACUGCUGGACAUCUAUGGGUUUGAGGUCUUCUACGUCAACAGUUUUGAGCAGUUUUGUAUUAAUUAUUGCAAUGAGAAGCUCCAGCAGCUGUUUAUCCAGCUCACACUGAAGGCUGAGCAGGAGGAAUAUGAAGCUGAGGGCAUCGAGUGGGAACCAGUACAGUUCUUCAAUAACAAAAUCAUCUGUGACAUGGUGGAGGAGAAGCACAGAGGGAUCAUCUCAGUACUGGAUGAGGAGUGUGUGAUGCCAGGUGAUGCGACAGAUCUAACCUUUCUGGAAAAGAUGGAGAAGAAGAUGGGCAAUCAUCCUCACUUCAUCACGCAGAAGUUAGCUGAUAAGAAAACCCGCAGGAGUCUGGAGAGAGGCGACUUCCGUCUGCUUCAUUAUGCCGGCGAGGUGACUUACUGCGUCGUGGGUUUCAUUGACAAGAACAAUGACCUGCUGUACAGGCACAUUAAAGAGGUGAUGCGGCAGUCGAAGAACUCUAUAAUGCAGCAGUGUUUCACUUCUGAUGAGGUGGACAGUAGGAGAAGACCUGAGACGGUGGCGACUCAGUUUAAGAACAGUCUCCAGGGUCUAACUGAGAUCCUGAUGGCUAAACAGGCCUGGUACGUUCGCUGCCUGAAAUCCAACGACAACAAGCAGUCAGGAAGGUUUGAUGAUGUGCUGGUGAGGCACCAGGUGAAGUAUUUGGGUCUGAUGGAGCAUCUGAGAGUCAGGAGAGCCGGUUUUGCAUAUCGGAAAAGAUAUGAGGAAUUUCUGAAGAGGUAUAAACCUCUGUGUCCUGAUACCUGGCCACACUGGAGAGGAGUUCCUGCUGAGGGAGUGGAGAGACUGGUGCAGCACCUGGGAUACCAGCCUGAUGAGUACAAGAUGGGCCGGACUAAAAUCUUCAUCCGCUAUGCCAGGACACUAUUCGCCACUGAGGACGCCUAUGAGAUAUGUAAACAUGAGCUGGUUGCAAAGAUUCAAGCCAAGUACAAGGGUUACCGAACUAGAGGAGAGUUCAAAAAACAGAAAGAAGCAGCUACUAAAAUUGAAACAUGCUGGAGAGGAGUACAGGCUCGGAAAGAGAGAGAGAAACGAGCCUGGGCUGUCAAAGUCAUCAAAAAAUUUAUUAAGGCUUAUUUGACACGUGGUGAAGCAAAAACCACAGAUAACUCGGAGUACCUGGCGUUUGUCAGACAGAGCUACCUCAAAAGGCUGAAAGAUAAUCUACCAAAAAGUGUUUUGGAUAAAACCACAUGGCUCACACCCCCACCUGUAAUGAGAGAGGCGUCAGAGAUGCUGCGGCGGCUGCACACGCGCUGGUUAGUGAGGAAAUACGUGCGAGGGAUCACACCUCAGAGAAAAGCCCAGCUGCAGCUGAAGGUGGUCACCAGCGACAUCUUUAAAGGGAAGAAGGAAAACUACCCUCAGAGUGUUGCUGUGCCUUUUGUGGACACCAGGAUCGGUGAACAGGACAUUAACGAGCGUGUCCUGCAGACAGUGAAACAGGAACGAAUCAAGUACAGUGUUCCUGUGGUGAAAUAUGACCGGAACGGGUUCAAGCCUCGACCCAGGCAGUUCAUUCUCACCCAGGUUGCACUUUAUGUAGCAGAAGAAGCCAAGCUCAAACAGAGAGUCGAGUACGUCUCACUCAAAGGUGUUUCUGUCAGUAACCUGGGAGACACUUUCAUGAUCCUCCACGUGGUCUGUGAUGGCCCUAAACAAAAGGGAGAUCUCAUACUUCAGUGUGAUCACCUCUAUGAAGUUCUGACCAAACUGAGCAUUCUGGCAAAAAAGCAGAACGCCAUCAAUGUGCUUCAGGCAAGUAUUAAGUUUGAGAUCAGUGGAGGUAAGGAGAACUUUGUGGACUUCACCACUGGACAGGAAGCUACAGUGUACAAGGACAAAACUGGACAUCUGAUGGUGGUCACCCCAAGGCUGAGAUCACGAUGAUGUGAGUAAUGAGGAAGAUCAGCUUCUACUGUCCCACAUUAACAUCUAGUUCAGCUCUGGAAGGAAAAAAAACUAUUGUUCAGGUCUCUUUAACUGAUUAUAACUCAGAGAACUUCUCUUAAUUAACAUCUGUUACUGGCUUACAGAUGUUUCCU